GCGGGGUGUCCACCACAGGGACGUUCACGGUUUGACGUAGCCAGAGACAGGCUCGAGAAGCGCCUUUCCGUUCCGGCAUAAUAGUUGUACUCGUUGGCAGAAUCUUCUCCAACACAUCGACCUCUCAAAUCGUCCAAAAUACGCGUUUAAAAUCCGUUGAAAAAGUAGAAAAUCACAUUCCCAAGGCUUCAACCAGUGCAUUUAACCUCACCCAUAGACCCAACGGGCCAAUCAACAAUAAAAUCCUCUGUACACCAGGGUUAUAUUCACGAUGGAUGAAGAAUAUGACGCGAUUGUUCUCGGCACCGGCCUCAAAGAGUGCAUUUUAUCUGGUAUGUUAUCCGUCAGUGGUAAAAAAGUGUUACACGUUGAUCGCAACAAGUAUUAUGGAGGUGAAUCAGCAUCAAUAACACCACUGGAGGAUUUUUUUGCCCACUUCAAAGCACCGCCACCAGAUAAAAUGUACGGACGUGGCCGUGACUGGAAUGUCGAUCUCAUUCCGAAGUUUCUCAUGGCAAAUGGACUACUCGUGAAACUUCUGAUUCACACUGGAGUUACCCGGUACCUUGAGUUCAAGUCAAUCGAGGGCUCCUAUGUUUACAAGUCUGGGAAAAUUUCCAAAGUACCGAUUGAUCAUCAGGAGGCACUCUCCAGUGAUCUCAUGGGACUUUUUGAGAAACGACGAUUCCGUAAUUUUCUCACUUGGGUGCAGAAUAUGCAGGAGGACGAUCCCAAGACUUGGGACGGAUUUGAUCCAUUCAACAAUCCCAUGAGUGCACUCUACAGCAAAUUCAGCCUCGAGGCUAACACUCAGGAUUUUACUGGGCAUGCACUUGCACUUCACAGAAAUGAUGAAUAUAUUUCUCAACCCGCAAUCACAACUGUCAAACGCAUCAAGCUGUACAGUGACAGUUUAGCACGUUACGGUAAAUCACCGUAUCUUUAUCCCAUGUAUGGCCUUGGUGAGCUGCCACAGGGAUUCGCCAGGUUGAGUGCAAUCUAUGGGGGUACCUACAUGCUCGAUAAACCUAUCGAUGAGAUUGUCAUCGAAAAUGGCAAGGUAGUUGGGGUUCGUUCAGGCGAGGAGAUAGCCCGCUGCAAGCAGGUGUUCUGUGACCCCACCUACGUUCCUGACAAAGUGAAAAAAGUCGGCCAAGUAAUUCGUGCAAUAUGCCUGCUGAAUCAUCCACUUCCCCACACGAAUGACUCCCUCUCUACUCAAAUAAUCAUUCCCCAAAAGCAAGUGAAUCGUAAGUCAGACAUAUAUGUCUCCCUGGUAUCCUAUACUCACCAGGUAGCAGCAAAAGGCUGGUUCAUAGCCAUGGUAUCGACAACAGUUGAGACAGCCAAUCCUGAGUUGGAGAUAAAACCUGGUCUAGAUCUUCUAGGUUCAAUUGCCCAGAAAUUCGUAUCGGUCUGUGACUAUUACGAGCCAACGGACAAUGGCAUUGAUAGCCAAUUGUUCAUAUCCACGAGUUACGAUGCAACAACUCACUUCGAGACAACUUGUCUUGAUGUUCUUGAUAUAUUCAAACGCGCCACUGGCGAAGACUUUGAUUUCAACAAGGUCAAGCAGGAGCUUGGCGAUGAGGAGCAAUAAUUUUAUUUGAUUUUUUUUUUAAUAUCAAUAUCUGUCGAAUUUUCUAAUCGUGCUGCCUCAGUAAGGAAUUUAUGAAAUUAUUCAGAAUAAAACAUGGAAGAACAUGAAUGAAAGAUAAAAUGAUAAUUGAAAACAAAAUGACAAAUGUAUAUUUUAUUUACCUGUCUACAACAGUCGAUAGUCAAUCUGCAGGGAAUUCACAGAGGCACGUGAUACGGUUAAUCGACGAUUUUUAUGUGCGAUAGGUCAAUGAGAAUAUCGAAAAAAAGUUGAUUCAGUUGAAGAAGAGUUCAUUAAUUUCGAUAAUUGUGAAGGUGCGAAGGGUGCUGAGUGAAUGGCCGGAUUUUUCGGGACUUUGGGAGUGAGAACAAAUUGCUGGAGGUGGGGAAAGUUGCGUUGCGAAUUCUCGGACAAAUGGGCGUCGAAAAAUGAGAUACAUGGAAUUUAAAAAUUGUUCAUUUUUUAGAGAUUUAGCGAAAUGAACUGGAGGUGAUUUAAAGAGGAUAAAUUAGAUUAAAAAAAGUUCUGAAGCACGAGAUCAUUGUCCGUUAUGCGUGUCGCUAUCUUGAAAAGGUAUACAAAAUGGCGGUACUAGUGUCUUGUGUUUUUGAAAGUUUUUUUAUAAUUUAUCUGUUUCAGCUCGAUGUCAAGUUAGUUGUUAUAAAAAAAUUUCAGUUUUUCCUUCCGUAUUUUUCAAAGUGUUAGAUAAAAUAGAAAUUUUAUAAACUAGGGAUUUUUGGAGAGCGAUUUGCAAAAAUUCAAUUAUACAAUUCGAAAUUUAAGCGGAAAUUAAAUAAAAUUUAAUGUCUAAAAAUGCGAAAAUUCUAAUUUUAUUUACUAUGGAAUUAGUAAAUAGAUUGAUGUUAAAAUUAUUUAUCAUAAAAGUUUUAGGUAAAAAAUAAACUGAAAGUAAGGUUUUAUGAAUUCGUCCAUCAAAUUCUUAAUUUUUCAAUGUAAAAGUCUCCGAAUUCCCGAUAAAAAUUUUAUGUAAACAAAAUCAUGACGCGAUAUUUUCCCUAUGGUCCACUGAUUUUUUUUACUACCGAGGCCUCCCAUUUUAGGAAAUUUAGAUAAUAGCAAUGUGAAGGUUUAUGAGGUCCAGGGCCCACAGGGGCAGCUGACUCACGUACGCUUGGCCCUUUCCUUUCUUAGACGAUAGACGUAAACGUGACUUUACUAUUAUGUUAUAGAGAAUAAUUGCAAUGAUGAAAAUGUGGACGAAAUGUCGAGUGGAAUUCGUACUGAGAUGUGGUAUGAGUAGAGAUGCAAAAUGUGACAGUCAUGCGACGCACAAUUCAGUAGCGAAGUGGUUAAUGAGUCAAGUCAAUUCUACAUGUCAAUCAUGGUCUGGUCAAUAUCUCCGAAGCUAAGAAGGACAGCAAAAUUAUGUUCAAGAAUUUGUUGUAGAACUAAAAAAAAUCUGGAGAAAAUGUUUGAGUAGAAAUUUCGUUAUCGCCCUUCAACUUCGAUAAAAUUAAACAAGCAGUUCAGUCGAUUGAAACCGAUUGACCAUUUUGCUGCGGAAUUUUUCCAACUACAAAUGACGAUUGCUAAUAAUUAGCUAAUCAAUAAAUUACUCGCAAAAAGAACUUUAUCUCUGGGGAAGAGAUUUAUUCCGAAGGCGAAUUUUGAAUACAUGUACGAAUGACGCGUGAAUCCACAGCAAACCCUCCUGGUGUUGAACUAUCAAUUUUUAAAUGAAUACUAAUUAAUAAAUUAUUCAUGAUAUCGCGCGGGCAGUGAAGCAUUUAAUCCAGAUUCUCGUAGGAUAAUUUUUAUUUUAAUUUUUUUGUGGAGCAUAGCAAGAAUAUUAAUAAAUAAAUUGAGAGGAA